AUGCCGACCAAAGAUCCACCGCAGAUAUUCCGCGCCAAAGAUACAAACUAUCCCAUCCACUUUUACUUUGUCGACCAAUUCAGUCCCGCCGUCAAACGGAAAUUAACCGACGAUAUAAGGAGGCAUGGUGGGAGGGUUGUCAAAACUGCUGAAGGAGCCGAUUAUGGACUCGUACGGAGCGGUACAGAUCGUGCCGCAAAGCAGGCAAUGUUCAGGAUCAGGGACAGUGCAGCGACGCGAAAUCUCAAGGUCCAACAUGCGAGCAUGAUUGAGUCAAGCAUCGCUCGUGGUCAGCUUACAGAGCAGCAAAGCCUCGUCAAAGGAAUGUCUGGAAGGCCUGGAGGACGUACACCGUUCACGAAGAGGGAGGAUGAACAAUUAGCGAGGUACAUUGCUUACAUGGUACCCAAUGCUGAACUUGGGGGUCGAAUGGCACUUGGACUUUACCAAGAUUUAUGUGAUGCUGCCGAAGUGGACGAUGAUUCUAAAUGGGCAUCAAAUCACACCCCUGAAGCCUGGAAGAACAGAUACAACAAGAACAGGGCUAAAAUGGACGAACUAAUUGAAGCGAUGAUACCUCUCGUCAACCCGGAGAGAAUCCACCAUUACCAAAGAAGCAGGGCGUACAGCAAGGCAGGAGGUUUUUUCAAGGACGAGGACUACGAAGGCAGUGAAGAUGAUGGUGAUGACAAUGACAACGACAACGACGAUGAAGGUGGGCAAGGAGAUCGAGGCGGGGAUGAAGAUGGCACUGGCGGAUUUGAAGGUGGACAAGCUGAAAACGAUGGGGAUAAUGGCUUUGGAGACGACCAACCGCCUCCAGAAGACGAGGAGGGCAAUGGUUCACGGUCACCGCAAACACGACGUGACGAUGCGCAGUCCGGCGGUGGGCGCAAACAUACAGACUCUUCCGGCCAGCGCGAACUGGCGCGAAGCAAUGACGCAAGCAAGAAGGCAGCGCAGAGUCCUCGAGGCAUCGCCCGAGAUGGACCGAGCCAGGCAGGUCAACCUAGAAGUAGGCCCAGCGACUUGGGCGAUGGCCCUCCUGCAAAGCGUCAACGCGUGGAUGCCGAUCGCUCGGGGCGUUCUAUUCCUUCUGGUAAACGCCCCGCAAGAAGCGCCCGUGGCCGCCCGACCGAUCCUGAACCAAGUAGCUCUAGCAUGUCUGGUUCAGAUUCAGAGGGCUCGCAGGUGUCUGAAGACGACGAAGAAUUCGAAGGCGGGCAUGACGCCGAGGUGACUGCAGUCGACUUCCCUGAAUUUCUAGACUUAGAUGCGGACAAAUCAUCUGCCCCGGCACCGGUUCAGCCUAUAUCUCACCAGAGCACUCUGGUUGGCACGACCUCAAAUACUUCCCGCAAGGAUGAGGGUCAUGACGUAGGUGAUGAAGACGAAGAUCAGGACCACGCCCUCAGCAUAGAAGACGAGAAUCCAGAGCAACUUCAGGCUGAAAUCAUUGAUCUCGACGACGACGACGAAUUUUUUCCAACAGACUCGCCCUUCAAUAUAUCCAGGAUUACAAGACUCUCUGUCGCCAGUCAAUUAGUGACCUCCAGUCCUGUUAAACAGCAACCUGUACACAUUUCUCCUCCUCCGCCAGCAGCCGACCCGUCCCCAUCCCGCCCUCGUCGCCAAGCCGCAAGAAAGGCUGCACGGGCACAACCUCCUUCGACGACUCGUGUGACGCGUUCACGUUCUCAGUCCGUCGAACCAGAGCAUUUCCAAAGUUUACCUGCAACCACCAAGGUCCGAAAAGGCAAAAGCAAAGCUUCUGCUCGUCAACCCUCGCCACAGCUCGAACCCCUCGAGGAAGACCAAACUGAAGAGCAAGGCGAAGGUAACUUCGACGAUGGGUUGCCCCGGGAAACCUUGCGCGACGAAGAGAACGUCUUCCAAAUGAUCACCAAUCAAGAGGACUAUUCUGCCCCAGCGGCUAACCUCUACGAUUUCGAGGGUAUCGAUGACCAGCCCCCAGCUAAACCCCGAUCACUGUCAAUGGAAAGCGACGACUUGCAGAUGUCGAGUCAGUUGGGAAUUAAGGCAUCUCCACCAAAGCCACCCCUUCGAUCUCGGGCCGUUUCCCGCGUCGCUCACAACUCUGCCUCGAAGCUUCGAGAGCCUGGACCAAUCCCAAUCAAAUCGAGUCGCAGCAAAAUUCGAGAUGUACUGGCUGGUUUCGGGCCUGCUGUCACCGCCAACACCGCUGCUGUUCCUCGGUAUUCCAUGCCUGGGAAACUGGGCGGCCUCGGUGAAGUUGCCAGCCCGAAAGCUUCGUCGAUUUUCCCCCUGGCUACUAUAGCUAGGAAGCCAGUUUCCCGGAACGAGGGAUUCCAAACACCAAGGUCACCCUUUCGGAAGGGGACUCUCAGAAGAGACUCGGCCAAUUCGAGUGAAGAAUCCUUUCCAUUGGAAGGAACCAAGGCGUCUGCAUACAAGCGACGAAAGACGGAGGAGAUGAAACAGUCGCCCUAUCAACCUCCCGCUGGCACGAGGGCGUCUAUGUUGUUAAGUUCUCCACCAGAUGUGGAGUGA